AUCGUGUGCCAGUUUCUGUGCUCCAUCCAUCAUCACCACCUCCAGUGAGUUCAUCCACCAUCUCGACGACACCACCAACGCACGUCCCAACGAUGGCCGAGAGCGAUGCUGCUCCCACCGUCAAAGAGAUCCCCGGAAGCUACGGCGUGCCCUUCGUCUCUCCCAUAAGGGACCGCCUCGACUUCUACUACUUCCAGGGGGCGGACAAGUACUUCCAGUCCCGGGUCGACAAGUACCACUCCACGGUCAUCCGCCUCAACGUGCCUCCGGGGCCGUUCAUGGCCUCUGACCCCCGCGUCGUCGCGGUCCUCGACGCCAAGAGCUUCCCCGUCUUGUUCGACGUGUCCAAGGUGGAGAAGAAGGACGUCUUUACAGGCACCUACAUGCCCUCCACCUCCCUCACCGGCGGCUACCGCGUGUGCUCCUACCUCGACCCCUCCGAGCCCAGCCACGCCAAGGUGAAGCAGCUCCUCUUCAACGUCCUCGCCUCCCGCAAGGACGCCGUCGUCCCGGCCUUCCGCACCAACUUUACUGCUCUCUUCCAGACCAUGGAGUCGCAGCUCGCCUCCGCCGGCAAGUCCGACUUCAACAAGCUCAACGAUAACACCUCGUUCGAAUUCCUCGGCGAGGCCUACUUCGGCGUGCGCCCCUCCUCGACGGAGCUCGGGGCCACGGGCCCGACCAAGUCCACCAAGUGGCUCUUCCUGCAGCUGUGCCCGCUGAUGACCCUCGGCCUCCCCAAGAUCCUGGAGGAGCUGCUGCUCCACACCUUCCCCCUGCCGCCCCUCAUCGCCAAGGGCGACUACAAGGCGCUGUACAAGUACUUCAGCGACGCGGCCGGGAGCGCCCUCGACAGCGCCGAGAAAUUGGGCCUCUCGCGGGAGGAGGCAUGCCACAACCUCCUCUUCGCCACCGUCUUCAACUCCUACGGCGGCAUGAAGGUGCUGCUCCCGGGGAUCCUGGGUUGGUUGGCGAAGGCGGAGGAGAGCCUCCACGCGCGGCUCGCCAAGGAGAUCCGCGCGGCCGUGGCGGGCGAGGGCGGCAAGGUGACGCUCAACGCCGUGGAGAAAAUGGAGCUAACCCGGUCGGUGGUGUACGAGGCGCUGCGGAUGGACCCGCCGGUAAAGUACCAGUACGGCAAGGCCAAGCAAGACCUGGUGAUCGAAAGCCACGACGCGGCCUACCAGGUGAAGAAGGGGGAGAUGAUCUUCGGGUACCAGCCGUUGGCGACGAGGGACCCCAAGGUGUUCGACAAGGCGGAGCAGUUCAUCGGCGACCGCUUCCUGGGGGACGAGGGUAAGAAGCUGAUCAAGUACGUGGUGUGGUCGAACGGGCCGGAGACGGAGACGCCGUCGGUGGCCAACAAACAGUGCCCCGGGAAGGAGCUGGUGGUGCUCGUGGGGCGACUGCUGGUGGUGGAAUUCUUCCUCCGCUACGAUACCUUCACCGCCGACGUGGGCACCAUACUUCUUGGCUCUCAGGUCACCGUCACCUCGUUGACCAAGUCCUCCUACUCCUCCUCGUCCACCACCACCACCAACUUGUAGCUCGUUGACCACAGGCUCUUCUUUCGUCUGUCUCGCAAAGUGUUGAUCGAGUUCUGUAAUGAGUGUGUUGUUUAAGUGGUUCGAUGACAGCAUCUACGUAUUAUCUAUUUAGUUAUCUAAUGGAAUCAAUGCGGUGGUUCCAACUGUGUGGAGAUCAAAACAAAGCUUCCGUUCAUUUCAAUGCAAUGUCGCCAUCAGCCUAUAUUUA